CUGUACACUGCAAAUGGAUCCUUCCGUCUCGCGGCGUCGUCGUGUCGAGCGCGGGAAGCGGUCGAAAACCGGCUGUCGCACCUGCAUCAAGAAGCGCGUCAAGUGUGACGAGCUGCAUCCGGAAUGCGGCCGCUGCGUGCGCCUGAAGCUCCGGUGCGAAUGGGCUCCGCAGCAGCCUUCGCUUGCGCUGAGGCGCCGUGGACAGGGCCCUAUCAAGGAUCGAGAUGGCUGGACGCCAGAGGUCAUUCUGCCGAAGCCAGCGGGGGACGAAAUGCCGCAGGAGACGGGCGAUGCUGCGGUGCCGUUGAGCAGUUGCGCAGAUAUUCCUGCGUCGACGCAGCUUAAUCACGGCUUGGAGCCCGAGUUCUUUGACAUAAACCAGCCCCUGGAUGAGUCUGGCGUGAUGGCGGCCAUGGAUAUUGGGGCGGCCCUGGUCUCACCUCACUUUGGUCUAAGUGAAACCAUCACGUCCAUGAUGCUGAUGGACUCAUCCACCGGCCUCACUCCGAAUCUAGCAAACUCAGACGAUUGGGCCAUUGACGCCAACCGCCAGCAACACAUCUACAACACUCUCCAGUUCCCCAUGUCAAAUCCCUUUAAUCCCUUCAACUCGGCCAACUACCCCACGGCGACAACCGCCCUCUUCUUCGCCAACGCCAUCGGAGCAGAGUACGCCCCGUCCAACGGCACCAGCGACAUGCAGGCCGUGUCGUUCCACCGCGUCGUCUUUGCGCCGUUGAAGUCGACGCGCACUCCUGCCGUGUCCGCACACGCUCUCUUCCUCAACCGCGCGCUCGAGAACUGCAUGGCUCUACACUUUCUCCUCGCCGUCUCCCACAGCGAGCUCGCCAUCCACCAGGGCGCCGGCGUCGAGACGCCGCAGGAGUCUUGGACGCACUUCCAGCGCGGCUCGAAGCUCUUUCUGCAGGCGCUGGAUCCGCUCUCGCAGCCGGACCAUGUCGCCAUGAUGCUGUCGUUCUUGUACAUGUACAUGUUCUGGAUGCGUCGCAGUCCGCUCAACGUGCAGAAGUUGCGAGAACUGAGCGAUUCGGUCCUGGCCUACGUAAAAAGCUACAACCUAGAUGAACUCUGCGCCAGCGCCAGCGUAUCCGCGUCUCCACACUCUCCAACGUCAGACCAAGUACUCAUCGCCAGGAUUCUCACCUAUCUAUACGACCGAGAUGGUUUCUGCGAUUUCUUUGGCUGCGGCGGUGCGUUCGCCAGCUACGUGAGCCAGAACCACGAAAAGCGGCACCGCAUUUGGCGAUUGUCACGCACUACAUUUCCCGGGACGGACGAGAUCCCCACGACAUUGGGCUUGUCUCAGGUGCCAAAGAUUCCAGACUCGGCUGUUUUGAGUGUUUAUUUCGACUUGAUCGCCAUUCACCACGACAUUAACUGCUACAGCCAGGCUCCCGAAGACCAAACCCUGGCGGCAAGGGUGAAGAUCAAGAGGAGCCUCGACCGAAUACAAGAGGAACAAGCGUUUAUUUCACAGCUCGUGGCCGAUUCCGAACGCCAAGGCUCUUCGCCAUUCCUCAUGGCGCUCGUGACCGUCACCUUCUUCCAUGCGCUCCAGAUAUACUUCUACCGCAGUCGCAACUCGCACUUCGGCCAGCGCCCAGUUCCCUCCGAGAUACAGUGGGCGUUAAGGGAGCUAGUCGCGGCAGCAUACUACACCAUGGCCACAGGACCGGUGCAGCUUCUGGAGCGGUUUCAGUGGUCGCUGUUGAUAGCCGGCAUCGAAACACACGACCCGGUGCACCUGGAAUGGAUUUCGAGGACCAUCUCGGACCCGAGCAUGAAACACGCUCUGCACUUGGUACAAGAGGCCAAGGCUAUAUCUUACAUCUCAAUGCAGACAUUGCGGCAGAUUAUUGAAGGUUGUUCCAGUGCAGGCGUCUAGGGUAUGGGCAACCCCCAAGGAAACAUGAUGCACGAUGAAUAGAUAUCACGAGAAUUAGAUAUGAUUCACGCUACGCCAUGUUUAUGGCAGUAUGAUAUUUGUACAUUUGACAACUCCGCACAUUGUGAAUAAAGCUGAAAUUUCCACCACAGAAAA